CAAAUGGGUUUGGGAGGAGAGAGAAAGAAAAAGAGAGUUUUAGAGAGAGAAACGAAGAAGGUGUCGGGAUCUCUCUCGAAUGCGACGACGCACUCCGAGCGCCCACACACAACAACCCCACCCGUCUCUCCUCUCUCUCUCUCUCUCUAGGGUUUCCCAUCGGGGCCUCUCGCUCUAUCAUCGUCUAAGGUUUCUCCGAUCGAGCUCCGUGCUGCGGUACCAAACCCUAGCACGCAAUUUGCGGUAAUCGUUGAUCUCCUUAUUCCCCCCUUUUUUUGUCGGCGGGAGGUGGAUUCGGAUCGAAUUCGCGUUGGAUCGGCGCGGAUUCGGUCGGAAUCGGGAGAGGUAUUGGGGGAGUUGGGGGAUUUUGGGGCCCGACACGGGCGAUUUCACGAGCUGAUUGAGCGGAGGGUGGGGCGUGGAUGGUGACGUUAGUUGAUUGAGGGUGUCUGAUUCGCAAUUCGCUGUGUUUGCGGUGACGGAGUCGCCGCAAUUGGACCGAUGGACUUGGUUUCGAGUUGUAAGGAUAAAUUGGCAUAUUUUAGAAUCAAGGAGCUUAAAGAUGUCUUAACUCAACUUGGUCUGGCGAAGCAAGGAAAGAAGCAGGAGCUUGUAAAUAGGAUCUUAGCAUUCCUUUCGGAAGAACAAGGUUGUAAGUUGCAUGGGUUGGGAAAGAGAGGCUCUGUGGGAAAAGAAGGUGUGGCAAAAAUAAUUGAUGAUACUUACAGGAAAAUGCAAGUUCCUGGCGCGACUGACCUAGCAUCAAAGAGCCACAGUAGCUCAGAUUUUAAUCCAUUGAGGCCUAAAGAUGAAAUUGAUGAUUCUUACCAGUUGAAUGGAAAGGUUCGCUGCCUCUGUGGGGGCACAAUAAUGACUGAAUCAGUACUACAGUGUGAAGAUCCUCGAUGUCGGGUCUGGCAACACAUCAGUUGUGUACUUAUUCCAGAGAAGGCUGUGGAAGGCGCACAACCAGAAAUUCCUUCUCAUUUUUAUUGCGAGUUAUGCAGACUCAGUAAGGCUGAUCCAUUCUGGACUACUUUUUCACAUGUAUUACAUCCCGUCAAGUUGAACUCUUCUGGUGGCACAUCAGAUGGAAAUAAUACACUACAAAGUGUGGAGAAAACAUUUCAACUGUCCAGAACAGAUAGAGAAAUGCUGCAGAAGGCUGAAUAUGAUCUUCAGGUUUGGUGUAUGCUUCUCAAUGAUAAAGUUCCAUUUAGGAUGCAGUGGCCACAGUAUGCUGAUUUGCAAGUAAAUGGUAUUCCAGUUCGGGUAGUUACUAGACCGUGCUCACAAUUAUUAGGAAUCAACGGUCGGGAUGAUGGUCCGGUGAUCACCACAUGUAGCAGGGAAGGAGUAAAUAAAAUUUGUUUAAGUAGGUGUGAUGCUCGCGUUUUCUGCUUUGGCAUAAGAAUCGCAAAGAGGCGGACGCUACAGCAGGUCCUUAAUUUGGUGCCCAAGGAACCUGAUGGCGAGCGCUUCGAGGAUGCUCUUGCCCGGGUUCGUCGCUGUGUUGGUGGCGGAAAUGCUGUAGAGAACGCGGAUAGUGACAGUGAUUUGGAGGUGGUUACAGAAAAUGUAACUGUCAACCUCCGAUGCCCUAAUAGCGGUUCGCGAAUUAAAAUUGCGGGCAGGUUCAAGCCUUGCAUUCACAUGGGUUGCUUCGAUCUCGAAACUUUUGUGGAACUUAAUCAGCGGUCUCGUAAGUGGCAAUGUCCGAUAUGCUUAAAAAACUAUACUCUUGAAAACAUGAUCAUUGAUCCCUAUUUUAAUCGAAUAACUUCAUUGCUGCGAAACUGUGGCGAAGAUGUAAAUGAGAUUGAAGUCAAGCCUGAUGGUUCUUGGCGUGCAAAGGGUGAAGGUGUAAUUUGGGAGCUUUCUCAGUGGCAUUUACCUGACGGUUCUGUUUGUACCCCAAAGGAGGAAGACAUAAAGCCCCGCUUAGAGGAUAUAAAGCAAAUUAAACAAGAAGAUACUUUAGAAGGGCCCCACACAGGCUUGCGAAUAGGAAUCAAGAGGAACAGCAAUGGAAUCUGGGAAGUGAGUAAACCCGAUGUAGUGAAGCUGCGGUUUUCUGGAAAUCAAGUUCCUAACAAACCCGAAAACCACUUCCAGAACAUUCCAAUGAGCAGCAGUGCCACUGGAAGCUACAGAGAUGGUGAAGACCCUAGUGUAAACCAAGAGGGAGGGGUCCACUUUGAUCUAUCAUUGAAUAAUGGGCAUGAGUUUGAUUCUCUUUCUCCAAAUUUUGAUCCUGCAUACAAUGUUGAGGAAGGAAUUCCUCCUCCCCAGUCAAGUGGCCCAAAUUUCAUCGUUCUUAGUGACUCUGAUGAAGAGAACAUUGCAUUAGGUGGGAACACUAUGCCUUUUCCUACCACUCAUACAGGGUUUUCAGAGAGGUACUCUGAAAGGUACCCCGAAGACCCAGGCCUAGGUUUGUUUAACAGCAACGGUGAUGAUUUUGGACUAAAUCCGUGGCAGAUUCAAACUUGUCCUCAAGGGCCGGGCUUUCAAUUCUUUGGGUCCGAAGCUGAUGUACCGGAUAACCUAGUUGAUUCACAUAAUUCCCUCGGCGUUGCACCAAACAAUGGGUUUGGUCUGGGGCCAGAUGGUAAUAUUGGGGAGACGUCUGGGGCUCAAGACAUUUCGAACUGUCAUAAUGGUUUGGAUAUGCAUGGGAGUUUGUUUGAUAAUCCCAUGGCUGUUGAUAAUGACGAUCCAUCCUUGCAAAUUUUCCUACCAAGUGGACCAUCCAGUGUUCCUCUGGAAUCGGAUUUUGGUGCGCGUGGUGAUGUGGCGAAUGGGGUCCGUUCUGAUGACUGGAUCUCGCUUACUCUUGCUGCUGGCGGAGGUUAUGAAGAGUCUGCUCCUAGUAAUGGGCUGAAUGUGGGGCGGCAGCAGCAGCAGCAGCAGGUGCAGGGGCAGCUGCCAAAGGAGAAUAGAGUGGAGCCAAUAAAUGAUGCUGCUUCUGCCCUUCUGAGCAUGAAUGGUGACAGAGGUAACAACAGAGCAAAUUUGAAUAGUACAAGGAACAAUAACUUGUUCUCUCAUCAUCCUCCACAGCCCCGAUCUGUGCGCCCUCGACUUCAUCUAUCAAAUUAUCUAUCAAUAGACACCGAUUCGGAUUAAACAACACAGAAAAUCAUGAGAUAAAAGAAUAAACUGUUUUCGUGAACAUGUUUAAGCUCGCCAUAUUCACCACUUCAAUUCUACAUGGAAAGUUGGUAAUCUAAGCCAUUUUAUUGAUGUAAACGAGAAAUUUUUUGCAGCACCUGAUAUUGUGGCUCAGUCAAGUAACUGGUGAGCUUAACCUUUUAAGUGGACUUUAAGGGUGAGUUGCACUAAGAUGCCCAUCCUUUUAUGUUAAGUUUUCAAUUUGGUCCCCUGACCCAAUUGUUACAAUUGUGUCCCUGCCCUAUACAUUGAGUUCUCUAUUAAAUUCGAAGAAAAUGCCCAUGUAAAUCCGUGUGCAAAGUCCACAGUUGCUUCUCUGGCAUUUGGAUGAUGAUUACAUGGUUAUUUUCGUCCAAACAAAAUGGAUAAAAUUGUGACAAUAUGCAGAGGUCGGGAAGUUGGUGACAAUUAACUGACACAGUUGGGACCAAACUGAAUUUAACAUUAAAAGUUUCGGGGCCAUGAGUGAAGCUUACCCUAGACAUUGCUUGCAUUCUUUUGGCGCGCCCAUCAUUGAAGGUCGCUGAUUCUCAUCCACAGGUCGUCACAGUUUUUUUUUCCCUUUUUUCUUCUCUUACCUGAAUUGCCUGCAAAAAGCUGUAAAUUUUUAUAGGAGAUGAGGGAAAUUUGAGGCCAUUCCAGGAUGUGUAAGCCAAAUGAAUGGGAAGGCCCGUUGUAUCAUAUAAUUUGUAUUUAGGGUUUUUGAUCGGUUGUAAAUUUUAGGUGCUUAUUCAUCCUGGUGAAGAUGGCAUAAAUUUCAUGAAUCACAGGGUUUGUUCGUGACUUUUUUUUUUUCCCUUGAACUAGAAGUUUGCAUCAACUGCUUGAUAUUCAUCUAAUAAUAUAUUAAGAUGACUGUUCUUUGUUGUC